CUUGUCCGUACUCGGACCUAUUUGAUCUUCUGUAUGAUUUGGAUCUUUGUAUGUAUCUAUUUGUAUCUUGACUCGUUGGAGUCGUUGUUGUAAUAUAUGUUUCUCGUGGGCUCUAUUGUAAUCCUGUUGUAAUGUUACCGCUCGUGUUAAUUCCUCUGGCAUCACGUGUGUGAUUCGUCGCGCACGUCGUGUCGGAGGGCGUCUCUGAAUCGAUAUCAUGCGGAUUUCGGCGGGAUCGCUGGAAUCCUCAUGGUACCGGUUCCGGGGCGUCACAGCCUCUUCUGCAGCCGCGCGACCAGCAGGUGUCCUGGUUGAGGCGUCUCGAAGACAAGCUACGCGGGAUCUACUCGGCUAUCACGUGCAGCCGUAGUUCUGAUGUCGUUCAGCGCCACCUCCUUCCACCGCGGCCCUCCACACAGCAGCAGCCGACGGCCACUUCUCACACCGACGGCGACACCCAGACCACCACCUCCUGACCGGGCAGGAGGUUCGUCGUGGCAGCACCACACUCCUUCCGUCGACGACUUUCAGUACCAGCACCACGGAUCACGGCCACGUCGCACACCGACAGUGACACCCAGACCACCACCUCCUGACCAUGCAGGAGGUUCGUCGUGGCAGCAGCAGCAGCACACUCCUUCCGUCGACGACUAUCAGUACCAGCAGCACGGUAUGUUCGGUGACUAUCAGCAUCAAGCUGCUUUCGACGAGUGGCAGCAGCAGCAGGCCCCUUUCAUGGGAGGAGCAGGAUACACACAGGGAUACACGCAGCACACUGCGUCCAAUCCUUCAUGGGGAGCUAGUGAUCAGGAUCCUGAGCACAUGGAGUAUUACAGCACGCAGCAGAACUAUGUCGGUAUGCAGACUCCUCCACCAGAGCCCACAAAGGAGACGCAGUACGACCCCGAGUCCGGGUCCUGGAUCCCUGCUCGCAUCACCAGGGCCCCGGACAGGUUCGGUUGGACACCCCGUGUUACGCCGCCCCCACGAAACCCCAUACGCCGUCCAUAGUCUCAGACAUUUAUGUAUCUAUGUAUCAGACAUUUAUGUACGCAUCACCUAUGUAUCAGACAUUAUGUAUGAACUAUGUAUCAGUAUGUUGUAGCGUUUAAAAAUGGCGCCAUAAGUGCCUCAAGCUAUAUCCCUGCUAACCAUAAGCGUGCUGCAAACAAAACAAAACACAUCCAUGCAAAUAA